UUGAUUCAGCUAAGGUAGCUGGAAACCAAAGUAAUGUUUAUAAGUAGGCCUACAGUUGUAUGACUAGUUCAGCUACAGUAACAUUACACAUACAUCAUACGUCCCAGUGGAUUUAACACCUCCAGGAGUGCACAAGGUGCGUGUUGUUUCCCUUUCGGGGCGGUUCUUCCAUCCAGCUCCUUGUUUCAUUAAUUACUUCCGAUAAGCACGAGCAUAGGGUACAGUAACAUGCUCGCAUCGUGACAGGAGCUUGCAUGCUUGUCGCCUUUCUCUCGAAGCCGCACCCACCCAUCUCCACCUCGUACGCGUGCAGCUGUGCGGGGCCUUCGGUCGGUGCGUGCGUCUCGCUGUCGGGCACCCGCAGUAUCAGCAACACAAAAGGGUCGGAGCAGCCGGAGCCGGGCUCCCCUCAGCACCGAUCGGGAGGAGGAAUCACGUUUAUAACAGAGAGAAAGCAUCAGGGCAAAUUCCAGCCCUUCAGACGACUGUUUGGGAAGAAGAAGAAGCGAGAGGUGAGAGGGGGCUUUGAUGGAGCAGAGCUAAGAGCAAGUUUUUCUACUGGCGAAGUGUGCAAUGGAAUUGUAUCUGACAGUGAGGAGGCCAAUCAAAAUCUGAGGGAAUUGAAUCCCAUAGGAUCUCGAGCUCUCUCACACGACAGCAUCUUUAUCCCAGAGGAGCCAGUGACGGAGCUGGGUCUGGAUCACAGCAUGUCCCAGGAAAACGUCUCAGAUAAAGUUAGGAAUCUGCAGAGGCAGAUAGCACAAGGUAUAAAGUUUGGCCAGAGGCCUCCUUCUCUGAGGAGGAGUGAAGGAGAUGAGGGCAGUUCAGAUGAGGAAGAGAUGCCUCGGAGCCCACUGAAAGUGUUGGCCCAGGUCGAAGCCGAGCCAUCAAAAACAGAGCCAAAGCCAGUCCAGGGGGCUCAACCAGCUGAACCACACAGCACCCCAGUGAAGUCCCCAAGAUCCAAACAAGUUCUUCCACCCACUGGUACCAUCGAGUCCAUCAACCUAGAUGCCGUCCCACAGUCUGUUCCUCUCUUAGACAACACCGCUGCCAAGCAUAAACUGUCUGUCAAACCCAAAAACCAGAGGGUCUCCAGCAAACACCGGCGCUUUACCCAGGACCUCCAAGAGGUAUCUGUUCAUGGUGUGGUGCAAGACGACCUUGAUGCAGCCUGCAUCUCCACAGACAACCAGCGCAGAGCAUCUGCUGAGUCCAUAGAAAGCUACAAGAAGCAGAGACUCCAUGAGGAGGAAAGACAGGAGAUGAUGAGGAGGAGAGAACUGGAGGAGCAGAGGCUCAGACAGGAAGAAGAAGAAAGGAGGAAGAGAGCAGAGGAACUGAGGCUGCAUGAACUAGAGGAGGAGAGGUGUCGCAAACAGCAAGAGGAGGAAAAACAAAGGCUUCGAGAAGAGACAGAAAGAAAAAGAAGGGAGGAAGAGGAGAGGAGGAUCAAAGAAGAGGAAGAAAGGAGGCAACGAGAGGAGGACGAGAGGAUACGCAGGAAGGAAGAGGAAAGGAGGUUGCGGGAGGAGGAGGAGAAGAGACGAGUGGAAGAGCAGAGGAGGAAAGAGGAGGAGGAGGAAAGGAAGAGGCAAGAGGAGGAGGAAAGGGAGGAGGAGGAAAGGAAGAGGCAAGAGGAGGAGGAAAGGAGGAAGCGAAAGGAGGAAGAAGAGGUGAGGAGGCAGUGGAUGCUUGAGGCUGAGAGGAAGAAGAAGCAGAUAGAAGAAGAGGAAAGAAUGCAUGAAAUGGAAGAAAAGAGAAAAAUGGAAGCAGAGGAGAGUAGGAGAAAAGAGGAGGAGAAGCAGAGAAGACUGUCAUUAGAGGAGACUGAUGGCAGCUCAGAUCCACAAGAGAGGAAGAGGAGAGCUGAGGAGCUGCGUUGGAGGGAGAUAGAAGAGAGACAGAGGCCAUUCUCUUUUAAAGUUUCUUCUGGAGAAAAGCAGAUUUUAUUCCAGAAGGUCAACCUGACACCUGUUAUGCCAUCCUCCAGGCACCACAGCAGUGCUGUUGCUGAACAAAGAGAGGGAGCUAAGGGCUUCUCCUCUGAAGGACCAGACUCCCCUAACCUGCUAACAUCUGCAUGUAUCCCCCACACAGCCAUCUUAGUGACAGGCGCCCAGCUCUGCGGGACAGCUGUUAAUUUCGACCAGAUCAAAAACACUGCCUGCAAGUCUCUGCUGGGUCUGGGAGAGGACAGAAAGGCCCAGGGAACACCACCAACCAAGAGCAAGACUUCUCCAGACCACAAGUCUGGCAAAACGAAAUCACUCAACGAGUCCUCGCUCUCUACAGACCAAUCCAGUGCCACUGUCUUGGCUGAGUGGGCAAAUAUUAGAUCAAAGAUAUUCAAAGGGGUAGAAGAGGGGAAGUAUGAUGAAUAUACAGACCUGAGCAGGAACCAGCCUCAGCCUCAUAGUGAAGACCAGCCUCCCUUUGCCCAUGCCAACCUCAGGAAGACUGUGUCGGCCAGCGCCAAAUUCUCCAUCACCCCAGCAAAGAAGAAGUUUGGAGAAUCAACCAGAAACUCUGAGCUGUUUGGUACAAAUGAUAAAGAAGCAGGAGAGGAAGGUAGUUCAUCUGACAGCCCCAUUGCAGCCUCUCCAGCUCCAACCAGUAAACCUCAGAACAGGACAAGUAAAACUGUCCGCAUCGUAGAAAGAGGGUCAGAUGAGUGUAUGUUUGCCAAAGACCUCCCUUCUUUCCUGGUUCCCAGCCCUGGAGACAAGCCUGAGGGAGUAGAGCUGAGGAGCAGGGCUCAGAGUGAGACGGAGGUGUCUGAAAGCAGAAAGGCCGAAGAGGAGCAGGGCCAGGACAGUGAGGACAUGCCCUCACCUUUUGGCAUAAAACUGAGGAGGACCAACUACUCCCUGCGUUUUCACAGCGAACAGUCCACAGAGAAAAGGAAGAAACGAUACAGUGCUGGAGACAGCUUUGAUGGUGUCCCUUCACCUCUCACCCCCAGUGAUUCAGAUGCUGACUCUUCCUCUGUGUUUUCAGAUAAAUCAGGGUCCACACUGCCUCAGAAAGAAGUAACAAGCAAGUACUUACAUGCAUCUGCCUCUCCCGCCAUCCUUCAGGCUAAACCCGAUAAGUUUACCAGUCCACCCCCAGAUAGCGAAGGUGAGAAAGUGCUUUCAAAACCGCCACUCUACCGAAGACCCACCAUGUCACCCAAACCUACCGGAGCAGUCCCAACACCUCCCCCAUCGCCUCUUUCUACAGUGGUCCAUGGGCUUCCCGGUGAUGCUGCAAGCCACGAGACAGGGGGAGCAGACUUGUACAGCCAUGAGCAGACGAUCAGGAGCGAGGAACCUUCAGUGGCGACCCAGUUGCACCGGAGCAGCCAAGGUCAAGUUCAAGGGGAAGAGGAGCCAAAGGAGAAGAGAUCAUUCUUCCCAUCUAUCAAUAUCCCCUGGAGAGAAAAGGUGGACAGGAAGACAGAGCUCAUCAGGAAAGAAAAACCAUCCCUACAGAGCAGGCACUCACUAGACAGUGCAAGGGUCCAAGAGAAGGAGUCUGGACCCUUAUGGAUCACAAUGGCGCUGCAGAAGCAGAAGGGCUUCAGGGAGCAGCAGCAGAGCCGAGAGGAGCGUCGUAGCCAAAGAGAGACCAAACUGGCUGAAAAACAAGCUAGAGAGAGGGACUCUGUUACACUGGUGAGUCCCACAGAGGGCAAAGGGAGUGGGAGCACCAGUCCUGGUUCUAAACCUCAGACACCAGAGGAGCCCAAGAGACCCGACAGCCUCCUGGGACGAUUUGAACGCAGAGAACACCUGAAAAAAGCCAACACUUUACCAAGCUCUGUCACUGUUGAGAUUGCAGACUCUACACCAUCGCCACCUGCUGUCAAGGAGGUGUCAAAGCGCUUCCCCUCCAGUGACUCUCCACAGGUGUCCACAGAGCCGGCCUGGCUGGCCCUGGCCAAGCGAAAGGCCAAAGCCUGGAGCGACUGCCCUCAAAUUAUCAAAUAACACCCUGCCCCAGCUUCAC